AUGACUAUUCCCAAAUUAACUUAUGAAUCAGGGAUUAAAUUUAUACCAAGGUACGGGGGAGAGGAAAGCGAAUUGGACAGUUUUAUUAAAUCUUGUGAAUAUGUUUUGAAUAAUGUCGUAGAUACUCUUCAACCAUUAAUUCUAGAAGGGAUAUUGGCAAAAUUAUCAGGUAGGGCCGAUAAAGUAACUAGAUUUAAAACCAUUGGUACGUUUGAGGAAUUAAAAGCCAUACUAACGGAGAAUUAUGGAAUAUAUCAAACAGUGAGUCAGUUGCAAUUAGAAUUAGCAGCACGCGUACAAGCUAAGAAUGAUGGAAUAAAAGCAUAUUAUGAAAAGGUCGAAGGUAUUUGUUUUCAAUUAAUAGAGGCAAUUGUAUUAGAGAAUCCGAAAAAAACGAAAGAGACAGUGAUAAACAAAAUAGUGAAAAAGCAAGCAUUAAAUAUAUUUGUAGCAGGACUGAGAGAACCGUAUAAUAUAUUAGUAAAGUCUCAGAGUAAAAAAUACACUAAGAGAAGCAUACCAGGUAGCAUUGGAAGAGGAAAAAGCGUUAGGAACAUAAUAGGAAAUUGUUUGUAA